UUAACUGCAAACUCCUUGGGGCAGAAGCUGUAACCUGGCACACAUGCAUCAUGCUGUGUGUGGAGUUUGUGCCUGGCAGAUACUAACAAUGAAUUUUUUAAAAAGAAAAAUUAGCCCAUCUGGAGUAGGCAGCCUGGGAUCUUCUCUGAAGUGAAACUUGAUGCUUUUCAGCAAAGACACACCUCUUCCAGGGUGUUGUGCAAAUUUCUCUAUUUUAAACGUAGGGACAGGAAAUAUGAAAUGGGACGGCCAGGAUCCAAAGUGACGCUGUCACUUAGGCCGAAGUUUAUCAACUCUUGACGAAGAGUAAAUUAGAGGCUUGUGAUGAAGCCGUUGCCACGAGCGCCCUGAAUUGUCAGAAGGUUGGAGAAGUUGCUGCCUCUACACUGGCAGGUUUUUACAGCAUAGACAUUGCUCCUUCUGUCUGGAACAGCUCUGCCGGGCUUUCCCCCCUCUCUCUUUGCUUCUCAUGCUUGAUUAUUUCCUGACUCUACAGUGGGAUGGGUCUGUUGCAAAAGAUUCUGAUUCCUUUUAUAGGACUGGUCUUGGCCUUCUGUUUUUAUUCAGGAAGGGACAACUUUACACCGGAAAUGCUGCAAGGGAAGCGUGUGGUUGUUACUGGGGCAAGCACUGGAAUCGGUGAGCAGAUGGCAUACCACCUGGCCCGCAUGGGUUCCCACAUACUGAUCACUGCGCGGACCGAAGCCAAGCUUCAAAAAGUUGUCACUCAGUGCCUGAAGCUGGGUGCAGCAUCUGCCAGGUACAUGAGUGGCAGCAUGGAAGAUAUGGCCUUUGCUCAGGAUGUGGUGAAGAAAGCAGAGGACCUAUGGGGAAGCCUGGAUAUGCUUAUCCUGAAUCACGUUGGCAGUUCCUACUUCAACUAUUUCAAUAAUGACAUUGAGCAUGUGCAAAAGCUCCUGGACAUCAAUUUCCUGAGUUAUGUGGCCAUGACAGUGGCCGCUCUCCCCAUGCUCAAGAACAGUGGAGGCAGCAUUGUAGUGGUUUCCUCCAUGGCAGGUAAAGUUGGCUUCCCAUUUGUCGUUCCUUAUUCUGCCACAAAGUUUGCUCUGGAUGGAUUUUUCAACUCCUUGAGGCAGGAAUUUGUCUUCCAGAAUACCAAUGUUUCGAUCACACUCUGCAUCCUCGGGCUCAUCAACACAGAAUCUGCCAUGAAAGCUGUUUCUGGAGUGUUUGUAUCUUCUUCACCAGCACCAAAGGAGGAAUGUGCACUAGAAAUAAUUAAGGGAGGAGCCCUGCGCCAACGGGAGGUUUAUUAUGAAUAUACAUCUACGAAGAUCCCUCUGUUGAUCCGGGAUUGGGCUCCAGGUCUCCUGGAUUAUCUCAUCAGGAGGAACUAUAAUGUGGAAAAACUAAAAGAAAAAUAACUGUAAUCUUCUGGUGCCUUUGCUUGUCUCUACAUCUCUUAUGUUAUUUUACAUAGGGCUGUGGUGCUGCAGCCAUGCCCUCUUCUAGCUCAGGCUGUCUCUCUUUAAGAUAAUACAACAGUAGGGCUCUGAAAAUGGUGGUAUCCUGUAUGCUGUUACAUACAGACCCCCAAUCCACUAUAGAAUCUUGGGAUUCUAGACUGCAAACAUAUGCAUGACAUAUUCAAACAUAUUCAAAAAGCAUGAAUAUCGACUAUAGUUAGGUGGCUUGAACCAUACUGAGUCUCAUGUUCAUGGCAGAUGUUUGGAGUGCUCUUUAGCUGCAUCCACACAGUAGCUUCACAUGCUCUGAACUGGAUGUUUUAGAAGAAAACAGGAUUUGAAGAAGCAAGUCCAUGAUAUCAGAAAUUAUAAUGUGGUCUUGGGUAUCAUGCACUGUCAUCACUUUUCUCCUUCAUGUGGAUUCUGCUGCAUGAGCAGAAUCCACCUUUUAUCACAAGUUAACUGCUGUGUAGACAGGUGAGGAGUGCAAGCUCCAUGAUGCCUCCUGGCUUACAGAGAUAAGGUGCACUUAGAAUGGAAAUUAAAUGUUGUCCAAAUGUAAGCUUUGGCAAAAAAUUCAAAUGUGACUUUUAAAACAUGAAAAUGUUCAUCGUUCAUUUUAAAAAUGCAGUUUUGAGGGGCAUGUUUAGAAAAAGCUAAAUGAUAUGCCUGAUGGAUAAAAUGUAAAGCCAUUAAUGAAUGUCAAACACUAUUUUGGACCUAGUUUUACACUAAACCACCCAACACCCAUAUUUUGAAACAUUCCCCCUGCAAAAACAAAAAAACAAAAAACAAAAACACAGCCACAAGGGGAAUAUAAAUCUGAAUAUACCUCCUAGGCAAUUGAAUUAGAUGAGUGGAUUGAAAAUUUUUCUGCAAAUUCAUGUUCACUCCAGAUGUACUGAAGUACAAUACACCCAAGAUCCUGGGCUGGGAGGAUCUGAAUAAAUGAAUCCUUGGAUUACUUCUCCCAGUGACCUCAGAUCUAAAAGCUCACAACCUUCAUUUUUAUUUUUUUAAGUCUGGUGGUCUGAUCUCUGUGUUAUAACUACAGAUUUAAAUGGCUUACUUUCAUCAGGAUAAGGAAUAUCUUUGUACUGAAAACUUUUUGGAAAAGCAGCUUUUUCUGUCCAACAGCUCCCCCUCCUGGUGAAUGAAAUCCAGGUAGCACAGUGAGCUAAAGCAUCCCAAUGAGCUGAAACUGGAUCACGACAGCUCUUACAAUUACUCAGUGGCUACAUUCACACAUAAUGCCAUGAGCAGGCAUGAAUCUUGGGCUCACUCCCUCUCUUCUUCCUCUGCAUACAAUGGGGAGGGGUGUGGCAAUUAGAAGCAUCCAUUCCUAGUUUCUUGUAAAAAGUGGUUUGUCAUUUUGUCAGAACUUGGUUAACUAACCUUUGCAUGCACCAUAGUUUAUCAUGAAUCAAACCAUGGUUUACAAUCCUGGUAACUGCAAACUAUGGUUUGUCAGAUUUGGAAACCAGUACUGGAAACUUCUAAUUUGUUCCCUUCACAUGUGGAGAAGUCUGAAACUCAUGCCUGCUCAUCUUAGAAUGCCAAACCAUGGCUUGAUGUUAACGUCUGGGUAUCCCUAGACUUACAGUGGAGUGAAAGUCUGUAUCAGCAUUGCCUAAAUUUUUAAAGGUACUCUCAUAUAAUCCACUGGUGGGAUAUCUGAAGGUGAAGUUGCAAGUUACACUAUAAGUCAUAGUUCAUUUAUUUAUGGCAGUCUAAUUGUAAAUAUGAGAAAAUAGUAUCUUUGUCCCACAGCCAAUACCACUCAAAGAGAUUUCAGGACAGCAGUACUUGCCCUCCAUUUGAAUCUGUUUUCCAUUACUUUUGCAAUGCUCCUUGUUUCUACAUUUGUUCUGUUGGUCUGGAUUUGUCUUCAGCCAUGUCAAAUAGCUGCUAGAGUUCAGUACAUCAAGCUAAACCCUAAGUCAUUUUGACCUCAAGCUAUCCUCUCCUCUCCAAGGAGGGCAUAUUUAUUAUCCGCAUUGUUCAGAACAUAGAUGUCCCACAGAACAGGUUUCCUAUUUAUAGAACUCCGGGGGACACUUUUUAAUUCCUGUGAACCUCCAGUUCUCCCCCAAAUCACAAUCAUUUCAUUCAAAUAAUAGAUUCAUAGUUCUCCAUAAAACAUUGCUUCAUUAUAUUUGAAUAAAAAAUUGAUAGCCUUUCUUCCAUCCCUUCCAUCCUGAAGAAUUCUAGUCCUCAUUUUGAAGCCCAAGGGCUGUAAGGGGCAGCCAGGCAGUUCCUACACAAAACAAGGAAAAACCUAUAAGGGCUGUUCCCACGAUCCUAGACUGGGCUGGAGGGGGUAGGAGAGCCAUGUAUGCUUCUAACUGGCAGUCGUGUGAAUGCAAAGAUCAAGGGGGGAGGAGAGGGGCAUGAUCAUGUGCGAGGCAGGAGCUGGGUAGGAUGGGUGCACCAAACCCACAUUCUGUCCCCAGUAUUUUAUAGAGUUGGGGGAUGAAAAGUUGUUCCCCCUAGCUCCUGGCUCCCACACAAUCACUCUAACCUUUAACCUGAGCUUUGCAUGCACACAACUGCCCAUCGGGAGCACACACGGCUCUCCCUACCCUAGCUGGGCACUCCUCCAACCUUGUUUAGGGUCAUGAGAACAGCCCUAUAGUUUUCUCGAUGUCAGGAAUGCUGGAUAUCCAGCAGCUCUCUCUUUGUCUUUGACAUAUGGAUUCCCUAAAGGCUCAGUAAGCUUGGUAAAUGGGAAAUUAGUUCUUUUGAAAAGCUGGCUCUUGUAGUUCUACUGUAUCAAAGAACUGGUUCUCAUCCUUUGUCACUGCAAGCCUCCCUUGUCAAGGAACAAAUUAUUUGAAGUUCCCUAACAGUGACUAGAGGAAAAUUAAGACAAAUUGCUGGGUAAAGCUUAUGCUGUUCCCAGGCAUAGGGCCAGGUAGAUCAAUGCAAAAUGACUUAAGAAGUGCCACAUGGGCCCACAGCAUGAGAGACACCUUACAGAAGGAGGCAGGGAAGCCUUUGCAAAACUAAGGGAUUGUUCCAUUGUUCCCCAGCAUCAUAAAUCAACACAAGUGUAGAGAUAUACAAUUGUGAUUGUCCUUUUGGUGAGGUCAGGUGAAAAUUAAGUUGUGCUUUGUGUCUUGGCCCAGUCAAAACAAACAAAUGGCAGAUGUCUUCCCAGCCAUCUGUUAAUAAUAAUCCCACAUGGAAGCCCACUUCAUACUUGCAGAAUGUUAGACUGAGAACUGCAUCGUCUUUCCCCCUCACUUUGAUCAAACUCUCUUGCUUUGACGUGAAGGCAAGCCAUUUCUAAGCUCCAUAUCUAAAGCCAGCUUUCCAAAGCAGUUCAGUAUUCAUCACUGGGAGGUCAUCUUACCCUCCACAUUGUGUUUUUCUGAAUGUGGAGCCACAGGUAGCACUGUGGGGUUUGCUGGGUGUGUAUUGCUUUAGAAAAUGAGUUUUGUUCUAGUUGAUAUGAACUUGAAAAGCCUGCCACAAGUAAUUUGUCAGUUGCACUGGUUAUACAAAAAAAGAUACUGGGCUCUCCUGUGCAGUGAUAUACUUAUUCUCCACUUUCCCAAGAGAUAUAGAAUUGUAGGCAAAGGAUGGGGAAGUAAUGUGCAACUGUGGAAGUUCAUUAAAAUAAUAUAUAUGAUAAAGAAUGGUUUGUGCUGUUUUCCCUUUCUCCAAGAAAACCAAGAUAUUUCAGGGCUAGGAGGUUUUCAUAUCAAACCUACCCUAAGCCUAAGAAAAACCAGUUUGGAAGCAGAUAAAACAGAUAUGAUGAAUCAGUUGGCAGACGCAUGCCAUAGUGUCUGAGGCAUGGGGCCAAUUGGAUUAACAAAAGAUGGAGGGAGCAAAAGUACACAUUGUGAUGUAAGGGUCUCAAGAGAAUAGAAUCAAUGGCUUAAAAAUACAACACACAGCUAUCUGUAUUCUCUAAAUUGCAAGGGUAGAAAUAAGGGCAGAUGUAUAUUCUGCCGCUUGAAUCAACCACAAUCUAAAUUCUAGGAUAGAAUAAUAACACUUCGGUUUAAGAGACGGGUUAAAACAUUUACAAAUUAUCUUAUGCACACACAAAAAGGGAAAUUGUAAGUUAAGGCAGGUGCCUCUAUGCCGUGUAAGCAGCAAAUUUACACUCUCAUUUACUGUGCUUGUUUAUGACUUAGCCUCCAUACUUCCAGCCUUUUCUUUGAUCCUUCAGUCCCUGUUUUCUUUCUCUGCAGGUUGCUGUAACACUGAAACUGGGGACAGUGAUAUAUUAAACUUUUAAAAGAUA